AUGGCCGGUGCCGACGACGAAGCUGAUAGCGUGAUCCAGGAAGUGGAGACCUUUUUGGCUGACCAUGCCUUGAAUGAGCCUGAUGAUGAUCCGCAAGAAGUCUACGAAGAGUCAGAAAUUGCAGAAGCACUGGCCGUGUCCUGGAAGGACAAAAGACGUGAGCUGGGUCGGCUCCAGCGCUCGCGUCGUUUUGGCGCAGCAAGUGAGUUGAAGAAGUCCUACAAGGUGGAGAUUGAAGAACUGAAACGUAAGUCUCGAUGCCAUCGUUGCAAUCAAGUGGGACACUGGUCCCGUGAGUGUCGCAAUCCCAGCAAAGGCAAGGGCAAAGGUGGAAGUUCCAACAACUCAAAGAGCUCAUAUGCUGGAGUGGCCAUGGUAGAAUCCUUUGAGGAGCACUUUGUGGCCGCAGUUGUCCCCCUCUGCAACCCUCAGCUGUCAACUUUGGAGAUGUUACGACAACGUCAUGCAUCUUCCAUCAAUGCUGAGGUGAUCAAGGCCAUUUUUGCCGAGGUCAUGAUGAAUGAAGAUGCUGAGGUGACUGAGAAUGUCCAGGUCUUGCCUGUCAAUGAAUCUGUUGAGACUGAGCAGUCGCCUGAUUUGCCCACAGCCACGGCAUCCGUGCCCAAGCUUUCCCAAGGAGCAUCCGACAAUUUGGAGGAAGUGCUGCAUGUGACCACCGAGUUCCAUUUUGUGCCUCAGGAGAAAACAGUCCCAAUUGAGAGUUUGCCAGUUCACAGCGUGAGACAAUUAGACUCUCAGGUGCGAAAUGCUGCAUCCGAAGUCAAGUCCAUUGUCGAUGGUAAGCCCUUUUUGGUCGCAGAAGUGUUUUGUCCUCCAAGAUGUGCCCCCCUUGUUCAGGGAGUAGGUGGUACGUGUAGGUCUUUUGACUUAUCCACUGGAUUUGACUUCACCAAACCUGAGAUGCGUGAACGGGUGGCUCAGUACUUGCAUGAUCACCCACCUGAGCUCCUGCUGCUUUGCCCACCAUGCACUGAUGAGGGCGGAUGGUUCAACUUGAAUGCGUGCACUAUGGAUCCCCUAGAGUAUGCCAAGAGAGUUCGUCAUAGUCGCAUGUUCAUCCGUUUUUGUUGUAGGCUGUACAAACAGCAGAUGCAGCUCGGUGGAAGAGCAAUCCUCGAGCAUCCCAAGGGAUCCCGUCUAUGGACCUAUCCCGAGGUCAAUGAGUUGCUUGAAGAGCACAAGUUGCUGACAUGUCACAUGUGCAGAUAUGGUUUGCGUGUGCCGGGUAGCCCCAAUCUGAUCCGUAAAGCCACUCACUUGCUAGUAUCCCAUCAUGACAUGAGUUGCCUAGCCAAAGAGUGUCCAGGUUCCAGUCACCCGAAACAUGCUUGUCACCAGGUCAUUGCCGGAAGUGAUCCCAUGGUAGGACGUGUUAGCACUUUUGCUGGAAAGUAUACUCCUCAGUUUGUAGAAGCAAUCAUGGAAACAGUGCCUCGUUUUGUUGCCAUGAAACGUGCAUGCCUGGCUGAGUGCCCUCAAUGGACAUCCAAACAGCACGACGAAGUUCUUGCUGCUAAGCCUGACCUCUCUGCUGAGAAAUCUGAAAGUGCUGAUGCCGAACCACCAAUUGAUAAAUCUCCCAUGGAUGCUCCCUCACAUGUGCAUGAUGUUGAUCCGCCUCAGCCAGCAGUUCAGAACGUGUCCUCGUCAAGUGAGCCUCCAGAUCAACAGAUGUCACCUGAGUCUUCUGCCGGAUCAUCCAAACGUUCUUUGGAGAUCGCUGCGAAUAUCGAUGAGCCACCAGGCUCGAAACAACGAACAGCCUCUCCUCAUGAAGUUUUGUCUGUUGAGGACAUCACCGAGCUGUGCAAUCAGUGGGAAGAUCCUAAUGAUCUUGUUUUGCCUUUCAGUUUAGUUUCCUUGAGUGUGAUCGCAAUGCCUCUCACACAAGAAGAGACUUUGGAGCUCCAGCGUUUGAUGGCGAAAGCGAAGUCCAUGCCCAGCCCUCCGCCGGAGGUGGAGGAGGAGUUCACAGUGUAUGAUCCCACUACUGGUCUUUUCAUGCACCCUGAAACUGGUGAGGUUCACAGUGUAUGGAGUGAAGAUGAGUCUUCGGCACCUGGAGCCAUGACCGACGGAUCCAAGCGCCGAGAGGAGAUGAUUGCCGGCCAACGGCCUCCCAAGAAGUCAGCUGUGCCGAAAGCCAAAUCUCAGGCAAUGAUGCCGAGCUUGAUGGUUCCGAUGUACGCCGCUCCUUCGACUGAGGUGGCCAUGCCCUUUCCCGGAGCAUCAGAUGAAGCUGGCUUGAUCAAGCUUUGUCUUCCUCCUUUGCCUGAUGAUGUUCCUGAUGUGCCCACAUGGGGUCGCACAGUGAUUGGUUUUGGCCACUACAAAGACUUGAACAUGAGCUAUGAAGAGCUGGUGAUGUCCGAAGAUUCCCGCAUGGCAAGCUAUGUGAAGUGGUGCCGUUCCCGCACCAAGUGCGCCCAGGGUCAGUUGAAAGACCUAUGCAACUACAUGCAGCACAUGUUUGCCUCCGAUGAAGGCACCGGACACCAGAUUCCUGGAACCACCCAGCCGCGCCGUCUGAAGCAAUAG